AUGAAGAAAAUGUGAGUUAGUUUGCAUUUAUGGAGACCUUUUUAUGCAUAUUUAUGCACAUUCAUGAUUGUUUCUGAAGAUGUUGCCAUAAGGUUUUUGGAGGAAUGUUCCAUCCUGUAUGUGCCUACACCAUUUUCCUUGGCAUCCCUAGCUGGAUGUUGCAAAAGAAGAAGAGCCCCAAACUGAUCCACUCCUGCCUUUAACUGUUGAGAUGCAUGAAGGUAAUCCCCACCAUGUGAGGCCUCAGUCCCAGUUUGGAGGCGGGCUGUUUUUCAUUCAAAUCUGCUGGCGCUAUAAAACCAGAGGAAAUUGCAAGUAACCCAACUUCAACCCACGAGAUCGUGGCGCAGCAAGCUCAUCCAGGCUGUAACAACAAGACAUGAUGAACACCAUGAAAGCUCUGAAAAAUGCAAUAGUUUGUCUGCUGCUGCUGCCGCGUUUUCUGCUGGCAGCUGUUGUGUUUUGGCUGCUUGACUUUUCCUGCAUCAGGAAAAGGGUUUUCCUGAGGAUGAAGGAGCAGGGAGGCGAUGCCACUGAUCCUCCUCUGUGCAUCUCCGACUCCAACCGCCUGUUCAGCGUGGAGUCGCUCAAAGCCGUCUGGCACGGACACAAGCUGGACUUCCUGAAAGCGGCGCAUCUGGGACGCGGAGCGCCCAACACCGAAGUGGUCCAUCUGGAGGACCAGAGAUGCAGCCGGAUCCUGGACUACGCCAAGGACAAGAGACCGCUCAUCCUCAACUUUGGCAGCUGCACCUGACCGCCGUUUAUGGCGCGUCUGAAGGCUUUCCAAGGUGUGGUGCAGCAGAACGCAGACAUCGCAGACUCUUUAGUUGUGUACAUCGAGGAAGCGCAUCCUUCCGACGGCUGGAUGAGCACCGACGCGCCCUACCAGAUCCCCAAGCACCGGCGUCUGGAGGACCGGCUGAACGCAGCGCAGCUGAUGCACCUGGAGGUGCCCGGCUGCCUGGUGGUAGUGGACAGCAUGGAAAACUCCUCCAACGCUGCGUACGGAGCCUUUUUCGACAGACUUUACAUUCUGCAGGAGGGAAAGGUCGUUUAUCAAGGUGGUAGGGGUCCUGAAGGGUACCGGAUCUCAGAGCUCAGAGACUGGCUAGACCAAUACAGAAAGGGGAUGGAGAAGUCCAAUAAUUUAGUGAUCAAUAUGUAGAUUACUUCACGCUUUUUAGAGCUGCUGACAGAAACAAAGAUGCUGCAAAAUUCCACAUUUAGGAAUCCGUUUAGCGUAUUUAUUUUUGCUUUUUUUUAAAGAAGUGAUUUGUUGAACAUGCCAUAAAAUCAUAAAAAUGUUCUUUUCUGCAUUUUGUUGUGACAAACUUUUACUUUGUCAUUUUGUCUUAACCCUCCUCUGUGUCAGUGCGCUUAUAACCCGCCAGGACCUUGAGACGUGCGCAUCACUUUGCUGGUCAGUAUUGUUGUGAAGUUCGCCUCUUAAAUGGAGUCAGAUCCACAGAGCCGACACUGAUGUUUAUCAUACUGAAGAUCAGAGUGAAGCUGCUUCUCUCCGCCUUGCAUGGCGCUUUUGUACAGAUUAUGAAUAUAUAUCUAUAUUUUUUAUGAAAUAAAAUGUAUUCCACUUGUCC